AUGGCUAGAAGAAAGUUGAGACUGCAGUACAUCGCCAAUGCGUGUUCCAGAAGAAACACAUUUAAGAAAAGAAAUAAGGGCCUUCUGAAGAAGGUAUACGAGAUUACCGCUCUCUGUGACAUCAAGGCUGCGGCGGUCAUCUAUAGUCCCUUUGAAGUCGAGUCGAAGGUCUUCCCAAGUCAUCCAGAAGUCCACCAAAUGCUAACAAGGUUCCAAGAUAUGCCGGAGAUGGACAAGACAAGAAAUAUGGUCAAUCAGGAGACCUUCUUACGACAACAAAUAGACAAAAUCCAAGAGAAAAUCAUAAAGCUGAAAAGAGACAACCAGGAGAAGCAGAUCACUCAAGUCAUGUUCGACUGCUUGAAGGGGAAAACCCUAUCUGAUCUUGAAUUGAAGGAUCUGAGUGACCUCACUUUUAUAAUCGAACAGAACCUCAAGGAGUUAGAUAUCAAAUAG